UUUCUCUCCCAUUUCUCCACUCAAUCAGCCAAACGAACCAUUCAUUUCUCUUCCUUAAUCUUCUUCUACUUCUUCCACCAUCUCAACUAUUCUCAAAAUUAACACUAUCUUAUCAUGCUUUGAUUCAAUUCAUAUUGGUCCAUUGGGUUUCUAAUUUCUUCUUUUAUUGUUUGAAGCCAUGACUUCUUCCGAAAACUUGCCUGCUCUCUCUGCUUCAUGGACCUUUCGUGAUCCCUGGUUCUCCGACGUUUCCGCCCUUGAGACCGAAACUUUGACCAAAGCUCUUCAGAAAACCUUCUCCUCUUCUGAUACUACUAACUUUAACAACAACAACAACAACAACUCGGUUGUUUCUGAAGCUUUUGCUUCAGAUUGUAUCUCCCCUUUUGUCAGCCCGGAAACUCCCACCGUUUCCAACGUUUCCGUUUCGGACCCGGAAACUUCCCUCCCGAAACGCCAAAGAAACGGUUUGUCCGGGAAGAUUUCGAAGCGGAAGUCACGCGCGUCGAAACGGACUCAAACCACGUUCAUAACGGCGGAUCCGGCGAAUUUCCGGCAGAUGGUGCAACAGGUCACCGGCGUGAGGUUCGGGAACUCCCAAGUGGCUGUAUCUCCAAUAUUGAAGCCGGAGCCACAGAGACCAGGUAGCAGACUAUCUCUAGUUGGCCAUGCUGCAGGGUGCUUACCCACACUUGAUACGUCAGCGUUUUUGCUGGAUCAUCAUCAGCAACAGGCCGUAAUGGCUCCGGGAUCCGGGUCAAUAGGCGGGUCGGGUGUGGCGUCCGGCCCAUUUAACUUCCAAACGUCAGUGAUGGGCGAGGGUGGGAGCUCUGGGCUCGAUUUUGAUGCUCUGUCUAGCUUCCCAACGCUGGAGUCAUGGAAAGUGAUGUGAUAGUGCAUUUAAAUUUGGGGUGUUUGUUGAUAUUUUUGGGGGUUCUUUUAGAUGGUUUAAUUUUAUAUAAUAUAGUUUCUCUAAUUUUGGUGUAUGAAUUUUAGAAUUAAUGGUACUUGUUAAUUAUCUAUUAA